ACGUCAACCAUUACCAAAACACAAUCCUCAUCUGGAUCGGGACGAAUUUACUGUGAACACUAAUUCAUCACGUUCAUCGUUUGAAGCGGCCGGCGAACACAGAGCUCAGCAACAACAAUAUCAAGACCAAGUCCAGAUGAGUCAACCUUAUUCUCAACCUUAUGUUCAGCAGCAAUCAUUACCUGUCUACAAUCCACAAUUAAGUCAUACACCGAUGUCAGGAGUAUCAUCUCAACAUGCCUCACCUAUCAUUACUCCAACAGGAAUGGUAAUGGACCCUCAACCAAUUCCUACAGGCCCUCAAGGUCCUGGCAUUGGAUUUCCUCAACCUCAGCACUUUCCACCACAAGGAUGA